AUGAAUUUGAUAUCAUUGGUCAAUGGAAUUAGGGCGAUACCGAUGCCAAAGAACUUCCAGGAGUCUCCUCUCCUCAUUUUCAACAUGGGAUACGAGAAGUUCGUGCUCUCAGUUGGUAGAAUCGACACGGUGGAUCCGCUCAACAGGGUCCUUGACCUGAUACCAUUUGAGAAGGAGACGGUUGAGAAGGCCACGCUGCUGAUCCACGUGAGCCAGGAGGGAAAUGGAAUCAUCAAGGACUUCUUCAGGAAAUACAGGUCUGUUGCCUCUGGAAAUGCAAUAUUUCUGACAUCGAAGACUGGUGCGAAAUCAGGGCUCUGGUUCAAGAAGACGUCGAGCAACAACAGCGCCGUCUUCAGAAUCAUCCACGGCCAGGACUGUCUCACGGCAUCCACGUCGACCAGAAACGACUCAAAGCGCCUUGCAUUUGUGAAAUGCGAGGAGAAUCCAAUGCAGGUCUGGGGCGCAGUGGCCAGGAAGGCGAUUGACAACAGAAUGGAGCACAGGGAGGAAGACGAGGAAGAGCGAGCUGCGACUGACGCAGUAGAAGAAACCAUUGAAAGACUGCACACCUAUGCAAUGAGAAUGUGA